ACCAGUCCUUGAACCUGGGCCUGAUCCUGUUGAAAGCAGACAUGUCGAUCCGAGUGUCUUAAGCGACGGGAAGAGAAGAGAAGAGAAGAGAAGUCGACGAUUGCUCGGUGUAGCGAAGCUCAGAAGAGGAGGGUUCUCUUACGAGUGAUGCUCACCCCCCUUCCUCCCACCCACCUUAAGUAUCGCAUCUACCCGCAUCCUCCCGUCGACCUGGGCCUCGUCGCUCCAAUUCAAUCAGUCCGGAGGAGAGCACGGGCAUAAUGAACGCGGCUCGACCUCAGCAAGCGACGGCUCGACCACAACAAAGACCGGCUCGACCUAAAUCGGUCGUUCUGGCACUCGUUCUGGCACUCGUUCUGGACGCAGCUGAUACGCGGGGGUGCGGGGCCCCAGUGGGCGCCCGUCCUUCUGGAUUUUUCCUGUGUUCGUCUAGCGCGAGGCUGGCGAAUGGAAGACGCAGGAUUCAUCAUAGCGACAGCCGAGGGGGCGUCAUGGGACGAAGUCUUCGAGGAAGAGCGGCGGGCGCUUGCGAAGUCGAACAUCCUAAUCGGGAGUCUAGACUUGUCUUAUGGUCAGCGGAUCCGUUUGGCCUAGACUUGUCUUAUGGUCAGCGGAUCCGUUUGGCGCCCAUACGUACAAACAUGGACAUACACAGGCAGUUGUCCCAGUCUUCUCUCGUGCCGCUGCAGGUCCUGCACAUGCCCUGCCUCGCAUACAUAAAAUCAAAAAGCAAAGAUCAGAUUUUCAUAGGUAGAUAAGAGAUGACGUACUCGUCAGCAUAUAGGCAUACGUGCGUACUCAUGUGCAUCAUCACGGGCAAACAAAACAUCGUUGCUCGCAAGAAAGAAGACAAAUAAUGAUACACAGAAGACAGACAGACAGAACGAUUUGUCCUUCCCUAUGGCACAGAAAGAAGUGGGAUUCGAAAACGACGCGGAGCAUCAAGCCGCCGCAUAUAAAAAGUAUCGAAGAGCGAGACAUAACACGAUUUUGGGAUAUAGGUAGGUAGCGGGGGGUAAGUGCGCGCUUGAGCGGCGAGGCGGAGGGACCCCGCUGAGGCCCGCGCCACGCCAGCACGCGGGUGCAUAGGUAAAACAACAAACCGAUAACUGUGCCAUUGGGGAUCGCAGAGCGUGAGCAAAGCGUUCGUGUAGGGGGGUAGUACAAGUCCGUGCGUAACAUUGCAAGAUUGGGCGAAGGCCCGGGCCUGGUACG